CGCCUUAUUAUCGGGCCAGGGUCGCCGUAAAGAUCUCCAAACAGACUACAAAACUAACACCUUAUUCGGGAGUAAUAACACGUUUUUAUUUCAAGGAUGCCUUUCGGAAACACUCACAAUCUGCUGAAGAUGAAGUAUUCAGCUGAAGCAGAGUAUCCAGACCUGACCAAGCACAACAACCACAUGGCCAAAGUGCUCACCCUUGCCAUGUACGAGCGUCUACGCAGCAAGCAGACACCCAGUGGCUUUACAGUGGAUGAUGUGAUUCAGACUGGAGUCGAUAACCCAGGUCACCCCUUCAUUAUGACUGUGGGCUGUGUGGCGGGAGAUGAGGAGACCUAUGAGGAGUUUAAGGAGCUCCUGGACCCUAUCAUUAAGGACAGACAUGGUGGAUACAAACCCACUGAUAAACACAAAACUGACCUGAACCCAGACAACCUCAAGGGUGGUGAUGACCUGGAUCCUAACUACGUGCUGAGUUCUCGUGUGCGAACAGGCAGGAGUAUUCGCGGCUUUUGCCUUCCCCCACACUGCAGUCGUGGAGAGAGGAGAGCCAUUGAAAAACUUUCAGUGGAAGCUUUAGGUGCCCUGAGUGGAGAUCUAAAGGGGAAAUACUAUGCUCUGAAAAAUAUGAGUGACGCAGAACAGCAGCAGCUGAUUGAUGACCACUUCCUGUUUGACAAGCCUGUGUCUCCCCUGCUGUUGGCCUCUGGAAUGGCCCGUGAUUGGCCGGAUGCCAGGGGAAUAUGGCACAAUGACAACAAGACAUUCCUUGUGUGGGUGAAUGAGGAAGAUCACUUGCGUGUCAUCUCCAUGCAGCAAGGUGGCAACAUGAAGGAAGUGUUUACUCGUUUCUGCACAGGCCUCUCCAAGAUUGAGGAGCUAUUCAAGAAAAAAGGACAUGCAUUCAUGUGGAAUGAGCACCUGGGCUACAUCCUCACCUGCCCAUCUAACCUGGGUACAGGACUGCGUGGAGGCGUGCAUGUCAAACUUCCCAAUCUGAGCAAGCAUAAGAAGUUUGAGGAGGUCCUCAAGAAAUUACGCCUGCAGAAGCGUGGAACAGGUGGUGUGGACACUGCUGCAGUGGGUGGUGUGUUUGAUAUCUCUAAUUCUGACCGGCUGGGCUUCUCUGAGGUGGAGCUUGUUCAGAUGGUGGUAGACGGCGUCAAGCUGCUGGUGGAGAUGGAGAAACAACUGGAGAAAGGCCAAGCCAUUGAUGACCUUAUACCUGCUCAGAAGUAAAUCCAACACCUGUCCUGCUUCACUUGUACUUGUCACGAUUGGAGGAAUGCAGACAUAAAGAUUUUAUUAACAAAAAACAGAAAUAAACAAAACUAGAAGCUUGAACAGGCCCGAAACUAUGCUACAAAAACUGUGCAGAACAGAGAGAACAAAACAGACCAGAGUUGUAUGAGAACAGACGUAAGAUGCCAACUAAUUGAAAAUGGAGCCUUAAAUAAUAGUACUAAUAAACCUCUGAUUACAAACAGCGGGAGAAAACUGAACCCAGAAACAAUGAACCCUUGUGUCCUCAAACCUGGGAUGUGAAGUAAGCACAAAAUCCUCAAAACCAGGUGGCGGAGCAGACACAAUGUUUACACCUGGGCAAGGAACGAGCAGGAUGUUUCCACAGCCAUGUAGUGGAAUCAGUGCAUCACUCUUCAAUCCUGCCCAUGGAAACAGCAGCAUAUGCUCUGUGGCAGAGAAUGCUGCUAUACUAGGUAGAGAGGUUGCAGUAUCUGGUUGAGGCAGGAUCAGCCACAAAUCAGGAGGUUCAGGUGGUGCCAGGCGUGGCUCCUGUGGUGCCGGGCACUCUGAAAGCAUUUUGAUGUUCACCA